UUUAAAAAUAAAGUGCAGUGUAUCAUCCCUCUGAGUUAUUACAGUCUCUAUUUUAAUGCUCUUUAAUUACUUGAUUGAAUGAUCAAGAAAACUUGCAUGGCCAAAAUGAAAAUUAAACGGUCGUUAUCAUUAGAGAUGUCUUCUCUGAACAGAUUUGGGUGUUAUGACAUUUAUAUACCAGGAGGUGUCAGUGUUGUAAAAGCCUGUCUAUCGGCGUGAACGGCAUUUUUACAUUAUCUGAAGAAGAGGACGACAGUCAUGUUGUAGGAGUGUUGUUGAUGCCUCCGAAUAUCUGUUUGUCUCCAUUUAUUCAUUUACAGAGGUGAAUUGCUUAUUGGAAAAUUAAUACAGGUACUAACAUUCUCAAGGUGUGUCAACACCUUGCCCGUCUGGAGGAGUUACAUCAGUGGUUUCCUGUUCCUAGGCAUCAUGGGACAUGCUGAAAGACAGGGGGUGAGGGACCCAACAACAACAACAACAGCCGUUAAGACUCGUUGAAAGCUGUCCAGGGCUUCAACAUCAAAGCAAAGAGAGACUGAACAGACUGAAGGAUACCUCCGGGACAGCCUGGGCAUGGAUGAACUGCACAAUAAAAGCUGCAAAAUCAAUAAGGCUCUAAAAAGGCUUGAUCCAAUAGCCUAAUGGGAGAGCUUUGGAUACAAAUGUUUAUGAGCCAUUACAGUUUUCCUAAUGUGGCCAGAAAACAGCUGUCAUUAAAACAGCUGCUGUUUUUGGACACCUGGACGGACAUCAGAAAAAGGAACGACCAUGAGUCCAUGCUGGGAAAGAAACAUGUCCUCACUGAUCCGAAGUCUUCUACCAAAUGCCAAUGCUGCAGAUAGUCCGCCAUCUUCCUCACAGUGUCACGUUUCACCUGGCUUUCUCUUCUGGUCACGUGACUCUGGACGCUGUGGUAAUUAUUCAUGAGCUUGCAGUGUGACUUCCGUCAGCUGAGGGAGGGGAGCCUCAGGUGGAGGUGUCUGCUCGUCGUGCCAGGGCGGUACCCAAGGUUCCUUGCGCGCCAGUUGACUCCUCGCCGGGUGCCAGGUUGCCGUGGCGUCACAGGUCAGAUUAAUUGUGUUUCAUCCGGAAUUGAGUAAAUCGGUUAAAGUUACAGGGCGCUGAAUGAAUAAAAGAUGCCCACGAAGAAGAAAAAAACAACCGCAAGGACAGAGGAAACCGAAGAGGCGGAUGAUGAUGUUGAUGAGUCUCAGUCGAAACCCAAGCGAAAGAGCAAAUCAGUUGCCAAAGAGAAGAAGAGCAGGACCAGAGAAGAAGACUCAGAACCAGAGACCCCAGAAUACGAUGAGACAGAAAGCAGGAGAACGGAGGAUGCCACACCGAAGCUAAAGGAGAAAAAGAAGAAGAAGAAGAAGAAAUCUGAAGAAGAAGAGGAGGGAGAAGACUCAGAGCCAGAGACCCCAGAAUACGAUGAGACAGAAAGCAGGAGAACGGAGAAUGCCACACCGAAGCUAAAGGAGAAGAAGAAGAAGAAGAAAAAAAAAUCUGAAGAAGAAGAGGAAGGAGAAGAUUCAGAGGCAGAGACCCAGGAACCCCCCAAAAAAAGAAAAGGGGAUGCGAAUGGGAAGCUAAAGGGGAAGAAAAAGAACUCAGAAGAGGAGGAAGGAGAGUAUGGCGAGGGGACCAGCGAUGACACGGAGAGCCAGGAUCAGCGCGACAGAAAUGACGCAAAGACCAGGCCCAAGAAAACUGGAACUGAGGAUGACGAGGAAGUGAACAAGGUCUCCAAAAAGGACAAGAAGAAAAAGCCGUCCACCGAGAAGGACCCGGAGGACACCAUGGGGGCCAAGGACAAGAAGAGCAAGGAGGGCGGCAAGAAGUCCAAGAAGGAGUCCGACAAGGAUGAUGAAGAGGAGGAGGUCCAGGAGGAAGAGGGCAACAAGAAGAAAAAGGCCAAGAAGGGCAAGAAGGGCUCCGGGGACAGCGACGAGGACAACAAGAAGGGAAAGGGCAAGAAGUCCAAAGUGAAGCAGGUGGACUAUGUGGAGAUCUACGAGAACGAGCUGCGGAAUUAUACGGAAACGGCCGAGGGGUACGAGGACGAGUACCACAAGAAGAAAGUGUAUGAGGUGGUCACCAUCACUGGAGACGUCCGCGGGGCGGGCACAGACGCCAAUGUGUUUGUCACUUUAUUUGGAGACUAUGGCAUCACUCCCAAGGUGCACCUGGCCAGCAACACUGAAAAGAGAAACCGAACGGCAUUUGAGAAAAACAAAACCGACGUUUUCAGGGUCAAAACAAAUAACGUGGGACCGAUACAAAAGAUAAGGAUCGAACACGACAACACAGGCCUGAGUUCCGGCUGGUUCCUGGAUCGGGUGAUGGUGACCGACAUGACCCGGCCCCACCUGCGCUUCUACUUCGCCUGCAACAACUGGCUGAGCCGGGAGGAGGGGGACGGCCUCUUUGUGCGCGACCUGUUGGGCACCCUCGAUCCCAUGGACAUGCCCAAAUACAACAAGUACAUUGUGAGCGUAUUCACGCCAGACGUGAAGGGGAGUGGUACAGACGCCGACGUCUUCAUUAAUAUUUUUGGGGAGAACGGUGAUACAGGGGAGAGAAGGCUUGACAACGAUAAAGACAACUUUGAGCGCGGGACAGAGGACAAGUUCACCAUGGAGGCCCCGAACCUGGGGAAGAUCAGGAAGAUCACCAUCGGCCACAACAACAAGGGCUCUUCCGCCGGUUGGUUCCUGGAGAAGGUGCUGAUCGAUGACAUGGGGCACAAGGCCCUGUACGAGUUCCCCGUGAACCGCUGGUUCGCCGUAGACGAGGACGAUGGGAAGAUCCAGAGAGAUAUACUGGUGGGGGGCAGCCAGCCCACCGGCAUCGUGUACAACGUCCACGUGGUGACGGGAAACCUGCGGGGCGCCGGGACCAACUCCAAGGUCCACAUGAUCAUGCACGGCUCCAAGGGCCUGAAGAACAGCGGGAAGGUCUUCCUGGAGGGCGGCAAGUUCGAGCGGGCGCUCACCGACAUCUUCAAGGUGGAGAUCGCCGCGCUGCUCAGCCCGCUGAGCCGCGUCACCAUCGGUCACGACAACGGCGGCGUCAGCGCCGGCUGGUACUGCGAGAAGGUGGUGGUCUAUUGCCCGUUCACGGGGAUCGAGCAGACCUUCCUGUGCAGCAGGUGGCUGGAUGAGAACGAGGGGGACGGACUGAUCGAGAGGGAGCUCUACGAGAUGGUCUCCCUGCGUCAGAAGAGACAGAAGAAGCACCCGUGGUCCCUUUGGAUCUGGACGUCUGAUGUGAAGGGGGCGGGGACUGACGCGCCCAUCAGCCUGCAGAUUUACGGGGAGAAGGGGAAGUCAGACGAACUGAGGCUGAACAACAACUCUGACAACUUUGAACAGGGGCAGUUGGACAAGUUCAUGAUCGAACUGCCAGAUUUGGGAAAGGCUCGGAAAGUCCGUGUUUGGCAUGAAAAGAGACACCCCUUUGCAGGUUGGCAUUUAGACAAGCUCACUUUGAUGAAGACGUUGACAAAGGACAAGUACACGUUCCCAUGUGGCCGCUGGUUGGACGUCAACGAGGACGACAACGAGAUCAUCAGGGAACUUCCCGCUACGGGGGAACAUAUUCCUACACCUCUGACACUGAUAAAGUACCGCAUCACGGUGUACACUGGAAACCACAGCGGGAGCGGCACGGACGCCACUGUCUUCCUGUGCCUGAUCGGCGACAAGGGAGACACCGGGGACCGGGUGCUGAUGAACUGCAAGAACAACGUCAACAAGUUCGAGAAGGGGAACAUGGACGAGUUCAUGAUCGAGGCGGUUUCCCUGGGGAGGAUUCGGAGAGUUCGGAUCGGCCAUGACGGCCAAGGCGGGGGCUCUGGCUGGUACCUGGACAAGGUGGUGGUGAGGGAGGAGGGGAAGACAGAGAACGAGGCCAUAGAGUUCCCCUGUGACAGGUGGCUUGAUCGAAAUGAGGAUGACGGUCAAAUAGUUCGAGAGUUAGUGCCAACUGCAGAUGGACAGCGUCUUUUCACCAUAAGCUACCACAUUUCGGUCAAGACGGGCAGCAUCAGCGGUGCCAGUUCCGACUCCAAGGUCUUCGUCAAACUGUACGGAGACAAGGGAGACACCAGCAAGAUGAUGCUGGUGGUCUCUGACAACAACCUCAGCAACUACUUUGAGACCGGACGCAUUGACAUCUUCACCAUCGAUACCUCCGAUAUCGGACAGAUCAGCCGUCUCCUGAUUGGACACACCAAUGAAGGCCUGAGAGCGGGUUGGUUCCUGGACAGCGUGCAGAUCACCGUUCCCGUCCACGGAAAGCAGUACAUGUUCCCCAGCCACCGCUGGCUGUGCAAGGAUGAGGCCGACGGGAAGGUGGAGGUGGAGAUCUACCCCAGCGAGAUUUUGGAGAUCGAGAAACUGGUUAAUUAUGAGGUCACGGUGGUCACUGGGGAUGUUCGUGCAGCCGGCACAAAUGCCAACAUUUUUAUCCAGAUUUAUGGGGACCUUGGGAAGACCGACUUAAUCACCUUGAAGAGCCGAUCAAACAACUUUGAGAGAGGAACCACGGAGAUAUUCAAGAUAGAGGUCAAAGACGUGGGGAAGAUCUUCAAGAUCCGAAUCGGCCACGACGGGACAGGCCUCGGCAGCGGCUGGUUCCUGGAGACGGUCCACAUCAAGCACCUGAUCAUGGGCAUGGUCCAGAAGGAGGUCAAGAAGGACGACAAAAAGGACAAGAAGAAGAAGAAGAAGAAGAAGGAGGAGGAAGAGGAGGAGGAGGAGGCCGUGGCCGAGAUGCAGGAGAUAGCGCAGACGUACUCUUUCCCCUGUCAGCGCUGGCUGGCCCGGGACGAGGAGGACAGCGAGCUGGUCGUGGAGCUGCUCCCAGAGGAAGCAGAGGACCUGGAAGUGAACACAUAUGAAGUGUACGUCUACACGGGCCGAGUGGGAGGAGCCGGAACCGACGCCAACGUUUACAUCAAUAUUUACGGGGAGAACGGAGACACGGGCGAGCGGUGGCUGAGGAAGUCCAACCACUUCAAUAAGUUUGAGAAGGGGCAGGAGGACAUUUUCUCCAUCUCAGCCAUUGACCUGGGGACACUGAAGAAGCUGAGAAUUCGCCAUGACAACUCUCAGCCUCAGUCGUCAUGGUUUUUGGAUCGCGUGGAGAUUGUGGACGGCAAGGAUGACACCAUUUAUUACUUCCCCUGUCAGCGCUGGCUGGCAGUGGAUGAGGACGACGGCCAGAUUGCCCGGGAGCUGGUUCCGGUGGACGAGGCCUUCAUGAAGAAGGACGAUGAAGACGAGGGCUCGGGGGCCACGCUGGGGCUGGAACAGAAGGCCAUGUCACGAACCUAUUCCCUCAGAAUUAAGACGGGUGAUAAGAAAUAUUCUGGAACAGAUGCCAAUGUGUUUGCUAUUCUCUUUGGAGAAAAUGAUGACACAGGAAUAAUAAACCUCAAAGCCUGCAAGUCGCACAAGAAUAAAUUUGAGCGGGGAAUGAUAGACGAGUUCACAGUGGAGGCCGUGGACAUCGGCGCAUUGAAGAAAUUACGCAUCGGCCAUGACAACUCAGGGGGCUCGCCGGGCUGGUUCCUGGACUGGGUGGAGAUCGACGCCCCCUCCCUCGGUGAGAAGCUGCGGUUCCCCUGUGGCCGUUGGCUGGACAGGGGGGAGGACGACGGGCUGGUCGUCAGGGACCUGUACCCUGCUGACCUGCAGACUGAGCUCUACACCCCAUUUGUGCCUUAUGAGAUCACCACGUUUACAAGCGAUAUCUUCGGAGCAGGGACGGACGCAGACGUGUUCAUCGUCCUUUACGGACGAAAAGGGCUGGGCACCCAGCAGAAGUACCUCUGCGUUAACAAGCGGGAGAGACGGCUGUUUUUCGAGAGGAACGCUGAAGACAUGUUCAUUGUGGAGCUGGAGGACGUGGGGGACGUGAUAGAGAAGAUCCGGAUCGGACACGACAACCGGGGUACGAAUCCCGGCUGGCAUCUGGACCGGGUUGAAAUCAGAAGACUCCUGAGGAAGGGGAAGGGGUCCGAGACCACCAUAUUCUACUGCGAGCGCUGGCUGGCCAAAUCGGAGGACGACGGGGAGACCGUGAGGGAGCUGGUGCCUUCCGAAAUCAUCCAGGAGAAGCUGCUGAGGGACGGGACCCUGAAGCGAACAGAGACCGACGUGGAGGACGCCCUGGAGACUCACACGUACAAGGUGUCCGUGAUGACGGGCGACGUGCAGGGGGCGGGCACCGACGCCAACGUGUUCCUCACCAUCUACGGUAACCUUGGAGACACGGGGGAGCGCAAGCUCAGCAAGUCCGAGAGCAACAAAAACAAGUUUGAGCGCGGGGCGGUGGACAAAUUCUCCAUUGAAGCGGUGGACUUGGGCGAGAUCUUCAAGAUCAAGGUUCGCCAUGACAACACCAUGGUCGGGGCCGACUGGUACCUUGAUCAGGUGGAGGUCGUUGACGUGGAAACGGAGGAGAUUUACCUGUUUCUAUGCGAGCGCUGGCUUUCCAAGAAGAAGGAGGAUAAAAGAAUUGAGAGGACUUUCUACGUAAAGGGUUAUGAAGGAAAUAGGAACAACUUGCAGAGCUCAAUCAAGAGCAUGAAGAGUUUGGACAGCAACAUGAACAAGAAGAACAAGAAGAAGAAGGAAGAGGAGAUCAUCGAGGAACUCCCCACCAUCCCGUACCACAUCGCUGUGUCCACGGGGCUGGAGCGGGACGCCGGCACCGCCAGCCGCGUCUACGUCAUCAUCAUCGGGCCCGACAUGAUCGAGACCGAGCGGCUCUGGCUGGAGCUGUCCGACGGGAAGACGUGCUUCGGCGCCGGGACGAUGGAGAACUUCGUGUGCGACGGCACCGACGUCGGCGAGAUCAAGAAAGUGGAACUCGGGCAUGACGGCGCCACGCCAGAGAGCUGCUGGCUGGUGGAGGAGCUGGCCGUCGCCGUGCCAACCAAAGGGGUCCAGUACAUCUUCCAGUGCAAGUGCUGGCUGGCCAAAGACCGUGGCGACGGGCUCACGGCCCGGGUGUUCAACGUGCUGGACGCCGAGAGCAUCGGCAUCACGCAGAAGAUCAUCUAUGAGGUCACCGUUGUCACGGGCGACGUUCAGAAUGCUGGCACCGACACCCAGAUCUACUUAUCAGUUUUCGGAGCCAAUGGGAACACAGAGGAGAUCCUGCUUGAAAAGAAAGCCGACAGGUUUGAGAGAGGCCAGGAGGACACGUUCAAUUUGGAGAUAGAUGACAUCGCUCCACUGAAGAAGAUUAGGGUUCGCAUUGAUGGGUCCGGAAGCCGUCCCGAUUGGUUCCUGGACAAGAUAAUCAUGAGAAACCAGGUGACGGAGGAGGUGUCGGUCUUCACCUACGAGCAGUGGCUGUCCAAGACAAAGGGGCCCAAGAGGACCAAGAUCUGCGAGCUGGCCGCCGUGGUGGACGAGGAGGAGAUGGUGGAGAUGACCACGUACACCAUCCAGGUGAAGACCAGCGACGUCGGAGGAGCGGGCACGGACGCCAACGUGUUCCUCAUCCUGUUCGGGGAGAACGGGGACACGGGCACCAUGGCACUGAAGACCAGCGGCAACACCAACAAGUUCGAGCGCAAGCAGCUGGACGUGUUCCGCUUCCCCGACGUGCUCAGCCUGGGCGAGCUGUCCAAACUCCGGGUGUGGCACGACAACAAGGGUCCUGCUCCAGGUUGGCACUUGGAGUUCAUUGAUGUGAAGGACGAGGCUAUGGACGAGACGUUCCGCUUCCCCUGCGACCGCUGGCUGGCCAAGAACGAGGACGACGGGCAGAUCAUGCGGGAGCUGGCCUGUGCCAACCACGACUUCCUGGACCUCACUGACAAGACAAAAUACGAAAUUGCCACCACAACAACCGACGCAACCGACGCGGAAACAAAGGAAAACGUCUGGAUCGUGCUGGAAGGGAGGAAAGGACGUUCAAAGGAAUUUGUGAUGGAGAAUUCCUCAAAGAAAAAGAAGUUCCAGCGUGGAGCUACAGACACGUUUGAAUUUUCCUGCAAAAAUCUCGGUGACCUGGCCAGUAUCUGUAUGGGGCAUGCUCCCAAAGACGGCAAAAAAGUAAAGACUGAGUCUUUCUGGCACGUGCAGGAGGUUGUUGUCACAGAGAUGGAGUUGGGAAACAAGUUCAUAUUCCGCUGUGAUGCCCAGAUCCCUCUUUCGUCAAAGAAGCAAGACGCCGUGACCUUCGAGUGCACCAAGGCCCAGGAGAGCUUCGCCAGCAAGGUCCGCAGCCUGGUCCCCGUCAAGUACGAGAUCAUCGUCGUCACGGGCGACCAGAAGGGCGCCGGCACCGACGCCAACGUCUCCAUGACCAUAUACGGGUCCAACGGCGACUCGGGCAAGCGGGCGCUGCAGCAGAAGUUCCGGAACCUGUUCGAGCGCGGACGCACCGACCGCUUCCUGCUGGAGAUGCUGGACCUGGGCGAGCUGCAGCGGGUGAGGGUGGAGCACGACAGCACCAGCUCGUCCUGCGGCUGGCUGCUGGAGCGGGUGGAGGUCACCAACACCGCCAAUGGGGUGACCACCGUCUUCCUGUGCGGGAAGUGGCUGGACACGGCGAAGGCGGACGGGCAGAUCCAGAGGGUGCUCUACCCCAAAUACUGACCCGCUUCCUUUAGAGUGUCCUCAGAGGCCAGCCCAAAUACUGACCCGCUUCCCUGGGAGUGUCCUCAGAGGCCAGCCCAAAUACUGACCCGCUUCCCUGGGAGUGUCCUAUUCUGACCCGCUUCCCUGAGAGUGUCCUCAGUGGCCAGCCCAAAUACUGACCCGCUUCCCUGGGGUUAUCCUUAGAGGCCAGCUUUACACUGGUCCAGACUUCAGUGCUGUCUGUCAAGAGAGCCUCCAAAAUCAACUUGCUGCUUUAGUUACUUUUUUUUAUUUAUUUACCUACUUAAGGCCAUGUUCCCUGGACUAAUUUUUAGAAUGAAAUGUUACUGUUUUUAGUCUGGAUGAACCAGUAUGAUUGUUUUUCUAGGUACAAAAAAAAA